AUGGGGGGCUUAGAUAGUGAGCAAAAACAAUUGAUCAAGAAAUUGGUCAACUUUCACAUGAAAGAAGGUAAAAGAACGAAGGUUCGUGCUAUUGUUUAUCAAACUUUUCAUCGCCCAGCUCGAACUGAAGGCGAUGUAAUCAAACUUAUGAUUGACGCCGUAGAGAAUAUAAAGCCCAUAUGCAAAGUAGAAAAAGUCAGAGUAGCAGGUACUAUUUAUGAUGUCCCCGGGAUUGUAGCCAGGGAUCGUCAACAAACCUUAGCUAUUCGUUGGAUCCUUGAAGCAGCUUUCAAACGACGUAUAUCCUACAGGAUAAGCUUAGAGAAAUGUUCAUUUGAUGAGAUACUGGAUGCUUACCGAAAGAGGGGAAUUUCGCGUAAGAAAAGGGAGAAUCUUCAUGGACUGGCUUCCGCCAAUCGAAGUUUCGCGCAUUUCAGAUGGUGGUAA